GGGAACAGUCCAGCAGCGUCUUCGACACAGCCAUCUGCCGGAAGCUCAGCGGCUCUUCAACGUGCUAUUCUAGGCCGUGAGGAGGCGGAAUCCGCACUGGCCAAUGUUUCUGUACAACUCUCGGAAGCCCAGUCUCGUGAGCGUCGCAUCAGUGAGAGGCUCGAAUCGUUGCUGGAAGAACUGCAAACUGCAAAGGCACGACAAGCCCACGAAAGAGCAGUAUUUGAGAAAGAAAUACGGAAAGCGAGAAAAGAGGCGUUUCGCGCUGGGUCUGUUUUAGUGAAAGCUCAGGAAGAAUUAAAACAGGCGAGAUCUGAGACCAAAGUGUUAAAGGAUGAGGUCCAGUCAGAGCGAGAAGCCAAGGAAAAGGCGAAGCAGGAGGCGUUCGAGCGCGCGUACACACUUGCAGGUCUGGUGGAGGAAAUAGAAGUAAUGAAAGGACGCUUGCGAACGGCAGAAGCGAAAAGUCAUGCGCAUACUCUGGAAGCACGUGCCCAGGAGAUGCACAAAGGAGAUGUUGGAAGACUAUCACUAGCAGAAGGCGACCUUGCAUUUCUCCAAACGCCUACGCCCCGAAGACCGAAACGAUCCGCAGAAGAAUCUGAUGACACGUCAUUGGAAAGUCGUUUCAACCAUUCUCUUGCCCAAGAUACUCCUCCCAAGAGGCCGAGAGUCUCCGAUGUUACGCCUAGGAACGAAAUCCAAAGAUUAGGUUCACCAGAAGCGAAAGGUGACAGUAUUCACGAAUUACAAAUACAAUUAGAAUCUGAACGACAACUGAGGGUCAACGCGGAAGAUAUGAUAGAGUUCCUGAAAGUGGAGUGCAUGUUCAAACGAUGCACUUGUCGUAUCGAAGAAGAGCGAGAAAAGGGUCAUUUUCAAAAUACGACAGAACACGCAACCAAGAAACUCGAUGGUCCCGGCGAACACAUCGACAAAGAUGAGCCUGCAGGCGCCAAACCGCAUACCGAAAACUCCCCAUCCUCUCCCCAUAAAAGCUCUGGCAAACCUAUCGAGUCCGCUGAAGAACCAGAAACAGAAGAUCAGCAGCAGCCAGAGGAGACUACUAUAACAUUCUCGCCUGCUACUGGAACUUUCCAUACAAUCCCAUCUCCUGUUAGAAGGUCACCAAUUAAGAAGCUGGAGCAUGAAAUUGUAGAACUCCCUCAGCUUGUCUCUGAGAGCCAGUCAACCCCUCAGCCACAGGCCACUAGCCCACUUGCGAAGUAUGACGUACCAUGGGAUGAGACACCUUUUGAAACAAUUCAUGAAAGUCAAGCCCAUGGUCCGCUCUGCCCCUCUAGGGUUCGUCCUUCACCCGCCACUAGCGACGUGCCAUGGGACUCUGAAGCCCCUAAGCAGCAUCGUUUCGAAGGAAAUGUUGAUGAGCAUGAUAGCAUCAGAAGAAUACCAUUGCGGAAUGAAAGCGUGGAACCAGACCACUUGCGUGGCAUCCCGGGAACGCCUAUCGACCGAGAGGAAGCCCUAGCGCAAAUCCGGGCAAGGAGGGGUCGAACCAACAAUAUGAAGAGGUCUGUCAGUGCCAAUGAAAGUACGUUGCGCGCUGAUGGCAUGGGGGAGACUCCUGUUAGAGCAGCGCGUCGAAUUCCUGCCGUUCAGAAUCCAGAUGGAAGGUACAGUGAGAUACGAAGUCGAAGGGACAUGAGUGCGCCAGUCAGGAUGUUCCACCGGUAACACUUAUCUCACACUACAUGGCCUCCUAGAUGUUUACGAGUAUUUGGACAGAAGCAUUUAUUAACUCUGGAUAACUUAUGAUACCCUGGUGCUCCGAGGGGACCGGCGUUUUGGGAAUUUUUUUUUUCGAUAACAAUAUAACAGAGCUCUUAAUCACCGCUCAGUGUCUUUUGGGUUUUCAGGGUUACCUUCACGAAAUUUCGUCUACAACUCUUCUGCCGGAUGGUUUUCGGCAUAUCCCUUCUACCAUGCAAUGAUGGCGGGAAGUUUAGAACAAGGAAUCUUGUCUUUGCUCUUAUACUUUCUAGUUUUCACCAUGCACAACCAUUCCACUCGUUUCAGUAUUAUGUUCAUUGAAUUACUUUUCCUUUGUCCACUUGUAUAUAUGUCGUUUAUAAUGUAGAUAAGUGAUUUUGCAUGAUAGGGUUAAUGAAAAAGCUUG